AAAGAAGGCUCAGUCCGCGCCAACCAGUCGGCCAAACAACACUCCUUCCCACACCUCAGAAUUUUUUGUUCCUCAUUAAAAAUAUUUCAGAAACUUAAAAAAACAUUGGGGUGAAAGUUGCCGAAAGAAUUUAAGCUUUAGAAAAGCAAGCUUAAUGAAUACAAAACCUAAAAAUUGUAAAAUACGAAAUCAAUUUUGUCACAAAAUAAAAACGGCGUUGAAAUUGCACAAUUUAAUAAAUAAAUAAAUUUUACGUAAAUAUUUGAUAAAAUGACGUUUUAACUGGGCAAAAAUAUUUUUAGUUAAUGGGACAAAUUGACAAGGAAUUUUUUCGUGGUGGAACGUGUAAAACGUGUAAAAUUUGAUGCUCACUUUUGUUUGCAUAAUUUAGUUGGGUGAAUGAAAUUUGAGAGUGCGUGUUUACAGUGGGACUAAAGAUAAGCUCCCCUCUACGUGUUUGUAAACAAAUGGGAAGUAGUGAAUAAUGCAAAAUCUGUCGGUGCACCUACAAGGAGAGACGACUCGGGCUUGUUUGACUUUCACGACAAUGUUGACAUUUCGUCGAAAUUCGGGAGGAUAAUUUCACCCAUUCUGGACUCAACGAGUUACAUGGAAGAGUAAAACCCAACCCUGUUUGAGAAUGAAUGCGGCGAAAGAGAAAGCUGAGGCGGUGCAAUGGGACGCCUGGUUGGUGGAAGCCGUGCGAAAAGUGAGGUCGCAAAAGCAGCGCCCAGGUCUGGACCGCAUCUACAACGCGGUGCGGCUGCUGGCGGAGAAGAAGGAGUUGGCGGAACAGAAGGCCGCGUCGCCAAUCUCGCCCCUCUUCCCCACGCAGUUCGAGCACAUCAAGCUCGCCCUGGUUCAGCGACACCUGGACCGCGUGGUGAGGGAAGGGAUCCUCCUCAAGGUCAUCUCCAAGGGUCAGACCACUUAUAAGACGCCGGACAAGUGCGAAAGGGUCCUCAACUUGGCCGCCGCCACGGAUGACGAGAUAUCAAAAUGUUUCAUAAAAGUGCUCCGCGAGCUGAGCGAACCCGAUCCGACGACACCGUCGCCCCCACCGCCCACGUCGUCCUCCUCGAAAUCGUCCCUCCUCAGCAAACCGCCCCCCGUGGGGUUCACUCUGGACCAGAUUCUGGAGUACCUCCUCCACUCGCACCUCCUCGCCCCGCUCCCCGGCGAAGGCGACGACACGAGCCCACCUCCUCCGCUCGCCUCUCCCCCUGACUUUCUCCGCGAAAAGAUCACCCCCCUCCUGCACACGGACCUCAUCCUGCGGAAAGGCAAGGUCCAACUCGUGGACGGGAUUUACUACAAAAUCCGCGACAAGACUGCUUGUGCCUCGACAGAAAUCGUCCCAAAAGUGGAAGCCCCCGGUGAAAGUGGGCCCGAAGUGGGUUUGACGUGUGCCACUUCCGGUGGGAGUGGGACACCGGAGAAAGUGUCGAAUCGUAGCAAUAGUUCGUCCUCCUCGUCGUCGUCCACCACGGGCGGGAGUGCAGUGAUUAAGUUGAUGGUGCCCAAAGUGAAAGUGACCACAGGUGGUGGAAUUGGUGGUGGUUGUGGUUGUGAGAGUGGGGGGAGGAGGGUGUCCCCACCCAUGCGGAGUCCCGGGAGCGGGGUCAGCAUUAGCGAUAUUGCCUCCGCUAUUGUUCAAGAGACUUUUACUUCACAGAGACAAAUUUCUCCCCCGGACUCUUCCACACGAAAUAAGAAGCAAGUCGAGAAAAAUGGGAGAAUCAUGAAGAAGCGAAAGUGUGGAGAAAGUGGGGGCAAAGGUGGAGACGAAGAGGACGAGGAAGAAGAAGAAGACAACGAGGAAGAGGAGGAAGACAGUUCGUCAUCGGUUAAUAAUAAGGUGAAGAAGAAGGUGGACAGCAAGUCUGACGCCGCCGCGAGUUCUUCGAGCAGUGGUGGUGGACUUGUAAAUGUGGGUGCGAGUACGAGUGGCGGUGGUGAUGAAGCCGUGACGAAGAAGAAGAUGCAACUCUUGGUGGAAGAGGAAAGCCCUGCAGGGCCGGAUGUUGUUGUUGACGUGCUGCUGGAAGGAACGGUGAAGCAGGACUCUGAGAAGAGUAGUGCUCCUCCUCCUCCUCCCAAAAGUGACGAUGGUGGUGGUAAAGAGGACACAAGUGAGAAGAAAAACAGUAGUGACGAAGUGGACAAAGAGAAAAGUGACGAGAGUGAGUCUUCUCCUGGACUUGAGGAGGAGAAAGAGGAAAAGAACGGGGAUGAUGACGAUGCCAAGGUGUUAUUGACGAGCGAAGUUCCCACAACGAGUAUGGAGGAGGAAGAUAAGCCCGUGUCGAGAGAGGAAAAGGAGGAUGACGGAGAGAAGAAGGGGGAAAACAAGGGGUCCGUCGAGGAGGAGGAGAUUGUCACAAAAUCUGAAAUGGAUUCUGACGAGGGGACGAAAGAUGUCACAAAACCGGAAAUUGACUCAUCUUCAUCUUCGCCACCUGCUUCUCUCGAGCCGAAAAAGUGCCGCCUAUGCAACGCAGUUUUAAGUGACAAACUUAGUGACGAAACGAGUGAAACGUGCCCCGUUUGUGUCUCAAAGUCGGAUCAAGAAGUAAAAUUGAGUCCUCCUGUCGAAGCGGAGGCUUCCUCGCCGGCUGAAAAAUUACCUGACGUCACCACCACCACGCCGGACGAACCGCCUCCGGAAGAAGAAGCCAAAGUGACCUCACUCAAGAAAGAAGAGGAGAAACCCAGUAAGAGUAAGAGCAAGAAGCCACCUAGUCAAGACUCCGCCUCGCCCACAGUUUCACGAUCCAGUGAAGAAACGACGUACUAUUCCUGCUCCGAAGAGGAGCAUGGCGAUCAAGUUCCGACAUCCAAAGAAACAGCCAACAUCACAGUAAAAUCUGCUGUUCCGUGCUCACCAACGUUGUCAGAUUCGUCGGGUGGUGACACUACGUCGUCACGGCGAAGAGAGGAAGAAAAAGUGACAAAAUUGAAGCCCACCAAGAAAAAGUCUACCGCUCCAGCCUCCUCUUCGUCUACAGUGUCCGAUUCUUCCUCGAAUGGUGGCGGUGACGAUCUCGUUUCUGCUGAAUCUCUCAAGACUUCUCGACCGGAAGUUGUCACUCCUGUCCCGCCCCGAAGUAUGAGCACCAACGAUACGGACGACCUCCAAUUGUUGCACGAUCCUAAAAACGUGCCCAAAGUUUUGAAAGGAUUGCAAGAUCACUUGUCCUCCUUUUUCACCCCAUCCGGACGAAAACGUACCUGCACGCUGAAAAAACCGUCGCCACCUGAAAGUGGGGAGGGCGAGGAGGCGGCGUCGUCGUCGCCAACGCCGACCAUGCUGGCGUCGCCGACCACACAACCGGCGAGUGUGAAGAGUAGGAAAACUCUCUCAGCGCCCGCCACGAUCACGCGGGAAGUGGAGCUGGGGCAGGAACUCUUGGGUCAGAUUCAUGUCGCAACGACGUCCCCACCGUCAACGUCGACGAAGGGCGGCAAAGUUUCGCCCGGCGUCAUAAAAGUAGAGAAGGUCUCGCCAAAACCAAAAGAGUCGAAUCUCGUUUACAAACUGAACGUGCCAAGUAUUAAAUUGACGAGGAAAGUGUCCCCCGUUGCGGCGACCGGAAGUGGAGUUGGUGGAAAGAAGGGGAAAAAGUCAAAGUCGCCAAAAACGAAAAAGAAUGAAAUUCCGCCAUCAAGCCUGACCUUGCGCCGACCUUCUCGAAGUCGAAGUCCUGACAAGAAUGCGGAACUGGUGACACCGGAAGUACCGACGACGACGACGACGACCGUUCCGACACCAUUUACCUCUCCCAGCAGCAAAAGGAAGGGACGUCCUCCUCUCAAAAAUGCUGGGAAGCAGAGAAUCAUCACAGAAUUCUUUGGGACAACUCCUCCAUCAGCAGCGUCACCCUCAACGACGCCCGUCGUCGUCAAGUCUGGGAAGCGGGGUCGUCCCCCCAAGCGAAAACUCAGCGAUGGAGGCACUCCUCUCGAGCAAUCGGCGCCAAAGAAAGGAAAACCAUCGCCCUCUGUGGCGAAUGAUGAUGGUACUAUUGACCCCGUUGUGGUUCCUGAAAAGCCCGGACGUGGUCGUCCCAAAAAGAAGGACACAAAUAAUAAAGACGCGACGACAGGCAAAUCUGUGUCUUCCUCGGGUAAAAAAUCUCUCGUCGUCGCCACUCCAACGACGACGACGCCACGUCGCGACUCGCGCGCCUCGUCGUCCUCCAUUUCUCCCACGAGAUCCAAUCUCUUCGUGGAGAAACGUGUCGAGAAAAAGUCCGUGGCUAAAUCUGUGAGCCCAUCAGCUUCCCACAAGAAGAAGAGCACUACCAAAGCUGUCCCACUUCCGGAAGCGUCUUCACCCUCGCCGAAAAAGGGAGCGAGUCCUGUCGCCAAGAAGGCAAAGAAGACGAAAAAGGGGCGAAAAUCGGAGAGUGAUCAUUUGGAGGUGAAAACAGGGCCGUCCUCUGGAGGGUCGUCGUCCUCAGGGAAAUCUCUCCUCAUGGACCAAGACUACGGCAAUAUCGUGGCCUUCAUGAAGGAGGCGAGCGUUCUGGCGGAUGCGGAGCAAAAUCGGCGCAAGAGUUUGUCCCCACCGCAGAGAAGAAUUAAGUUGAGCGCGAGUGUGACGAGUUCUCCGAGCGUGUCAACCACCCCCACGGGUCGCAAGAGUAAGAAGAAAAAUGCGCCCACCAAAGAACCUUCGCCAUCACCGCCACCACCCGAAGUGAAACCUGUGCCUGAAGUUGUCAGUCGUAAAUCUGCUCCUUCUACUUCCGCUAGCGUUCGAAAGAAGCUGCUCUUAUCUCCCAUGAAACCUUCCAAUUCGCCAAAGACGCCGAAACAGAAAGAUUCUGGGGAGGAUGCCGACUCAGCCGUGACUCUGUCUGGACGACCUCGCCGCGGCGUAACGGUUGCCACACCUUCGGUUCACAAGACGCCAAAAUCUUUAGCGUCCGCCUCUGCGACGGUGGGAACGUUGAAACAAGUUCAAGUCGUGGAGUGCAAGACGAAAAAGUGGUCAAAGAAGAAGGGUGACGGGGGUGGGAUAAAUAUUGUACGAACCGCGAUUGAAACUCCCAUCAGACCUGUGGCGACGACGACGCCGUCACAGACUGGUGGUCGAAAGUGCCUCAACUUCAGCAGUGGUGGAGACGAAACGCCGUCGCCGAGCGGGAGGAAGGGGAAGUUUGGCGAUAAGGACGCGAUGCGGAAGUAUUUGAAGAAGAAGGCGUUGACUCAUCAGAAGACGGCUGGCGUGGCGUCGGCGACUGGGCGAAAGAAGGAGAAAGUUCUCCAGCCAAAUAAGACCAAGAACAAGGGCGGCGGCGGCGGGGGUGGUGUGAGUGGCGGAGAUCAGGUGGCCGACACGAGCAGCGGGGCAGAUGGGGUGGAGAAUUCUGACCUUUCCAUUCAGGAUGAUCGUGCCAUUAAAGCUGGCCUGCUUCCUGGAACUUUGAUACCUGACGACGUCACGGACGCGGACAUUGAGCUCUUUAGAAAAGCUCAAGCCAAGGCGAAUGAGAUGAUCGGCCUGCCCAAUGAGGAGGAUGACGAGGAGAACAAUCCGAUACCCGUGAACGGGGUUGGUCUUCCCAAAAGCGCUCUUCCUCAACCCUCCUGCCCUCAAAUGAUUGAAUUUGGUCGCUAUGAAAUCACCACGUGGUACUCGUCCCCAUACCCUCAAGAGUAUGCCAGACUCAAGAAGCUCUACCUUUGUGAGUUUUGUUUGAAAUAUACAAAGUCGAAGGUGAUCCUGCUCCGUCACCUUUUCAAAUGUCGCCUCACUCAUCCUCCCGGAACGGAGAUUUACAGAGGCGAUGAAAUUUCGGUGUUUGAGGUUGACGGGAAUACGAACAAGCUUUACUGUCAGAACCUCUGCCUUCUCGCCAAGCUCUUCCUUGACCACAAAACUCUCUACUACGACGUGGAGCCCUUCCUCUUCUACGUCCUCACGAAGAACGACAGAUUCGGGUGUCACUUGGUGGGUUACUUUUCAAAGGAGAAACUCUGCCAACAAAAAUACAACGUGUCUUGCAUCAUGACUUUACCGCAGUAUCAGCGACAAGGCUUUGGCCGCUUUCUUAUCGACUUUAGUUACCUACUCUCUAAAGUGGAGGGUCAGUACGGAACCCCGGAAAAACCUCUGUCAGACCUGGGUCGCGUCUCGUACCACGCGUAUUGGAAGUCUUGCGUGCUCGAGUAUCUGCAGACUAUCGGAAAAGUGCCAAGUUUAUCGAUCGACCAAAUUUCCAAAUCGACUGGAAUGUGCGGACAGGACGUCGCCACGGCUCUGCAGCUCCUCAAUUUCUUGAAACGUAUCCCCGACGCGAUGAACGCUACACCAUCGAAAGGUGUCAAACUCUGUAUCUGCGUGGAUUGGAAGUUGGUCGAGUCGCACGGCGCGCGCGUUUCUGCGAGCAAGUCGCGGAUAAAGAUUGAUCGCGACGCUCUCCGUUGGACUCCGCUGGUCUACAAGCAGUACUACGAUGACGAAGAGGCCGCCGGAAGGUCGCGAGAUGGCUCACCCGACAGCGGAGAUCGGACAACGUCCCCGAUUCGAAAAACGUCCCUCGCUGCAGCCAUGUCCACGCCGGACAAGAAUCUCAAGAGCCCCGUCGUGCUUGGGAGGAGGGCCAGCGUGGCGGCGAACGCGUACAAGAUCAAGAAAGAGAAGAAGAAGAGCGUGAGACGGGUGAUUGAAUUGACGCCGCCAAGAAAGAAGGGCAAAUCUGCACUUUCCGUACCACCAGCGAAAUCACCACUUGCCGUGGUGACACCAAAACCGUCACAUAAGAAGAAAACGGUCGUGAUUCAACCGGAAAUUGAAACCCCGAAAGUCGUCCCGGUCGAGGAUAAGAAGAAUAAAAAGAGUCACAAAAAGAAGGAGCCGGAAGUCAUUGUUCCACAAGUUGUCGAAGAAGAAGUCGAUGAAGAGGAGGAUGAAGAAGAAGAAGAAGACGAUUCCGAACCGGAAGUUGAGUCAGAGCAGGAGGAAGACGAUGAAGAGGAAGAUUCUGACGAGGACGACGAUAGCGACGAUGAUGAAGAGGACCCUCCACCACCACCACCGAGACCUGGACGACGAUCCGCCGGGAAGAAACGUGGAAAUGAUGAUGAAGACGAAGAAGGUGACGAUGACACACCAAGGACGAGACGAAGGGGUCGCAGUUCGACGCGUGGUGGUGGUACUGCAACGUCGAGUGGUAGCAGAUCCACUUCCGGAGGAGGAGGCGCCAGUCGUGGGCGAAAACGGCCGGAUUGGAGUGCUCAAAGUGAGAACAAAUUAGAGGCUGCUAUGCUUCAAACGUCCAUGGCGCUGAUGGCGGAGAAGAAAAAGUCUCCCGUGAAGAGGAAGAUGAGCCAAAGCGAUCCCGACGACGAUCACAAAACAACUGAACAAAGCUCCCCGCUCUCGAUCAAAUUGUCACCUCCGCCGGUAAAAACGUGGCCUCCAGUUGCACCACAAGUAAAAAUGACUCCUCCUCCUCCUGCAGGACUUUCGGUGGGAAUUCCUGCCACCAGUCCGACCACAGCGGCCGAUUCCACUUCCAAGAAGAAUUUUAAGGGGAUGCUGCUCGGAAAAGUUUUGAAGGGCAGAGCGACAAAAGUCAAAAAUUUGGAGGAGGAAGAAAACGCCCACAAUUUCCGGAAACAAUUGCUCCUUCAGCGCCAGACGGGAGUCAAAAUGUCCUCACCCGUUCCUACGACCGGUUCUAAUGGAAAGGUCAAAUCGUCUCCAGUCCAAAUAAAAGAAGAAGAAGAGUCUUCCGAAGAGAAGAAACCUGUCGUGGUUGAACCAGCGAAACCUUCUUUACGCCCACCUCGACGCCAAAGUAGCAUCUCUUCGACAACAUCGACCCCUCAAACCAACGCUGCUCCUACUCCUACUACGCCAUCCGUCGUCGCCAUCACCGUAGCGAAACCGGUGGAAGAAAAAGAGGCGGAGACGGAAAUUGACGUAUCGGAAAAGGAGAAGCAAGACUUGCAAAAACAACGCGAAGCCCGAGCAGCCCGAUACAAUCGUCGCAUGUCCAAACGGAACGGGGAAGAUGAUGAAGAAGAGAAUGACGAAGGAGUCACCGGAAGUAGCAGUGACGUCGUCAAAGUCAUCAGUGUCACUCGUAACGAAGUUACAGUUGCCAAGAAUACGACGACGACGACGACGAGCAGCGGCGGGAGUGGAGUUGGGAGAGGACGUCCAAAGAAAGUCAUUGUCCCCUCAACGACUGAUGAAAGUGCACCACCCCCUCUCAAGAAGGCGCGGGGUCAAGGUGACGACAAAAUUGCCACCAAGAUAACCGACGUUUCGACAUCCUUGAAGAAAACGGGGGGAAAGAAGUCUCGAAAAAUCCGACGAAUCAAGGGUUACAAAUACUGGGGGACGAUCCCAUCCCAUGCCAAACGGAAGAAGAAAGUUCCCGUCGCCAUUGUCGCGCCAACCUCGUCGUCCACCGUGGUCCUCAACAGCGUGACGACGACGUCUUGUCUUUCUGCGAGUGAAAAUUCUUCAACCAAAUGUCACCCGAAAGAAGAAGAAGAACAAGAGCACCACCAAAAAGAGCAGGACAAGGACGAUUCAGUCGCCACGACUAAAAUUGUGACGAACGGUGGUGGUGACGACGAGAAGAUGGAAGAAGACGACGAUUCAGGAAAACCGGCUCAAAAUCCGGUCAUCACGAACAAUAACAACGAGACGAACGGGGAUGACAAGGAGGACGAUGAUGACGACGAGGGUGACAUGUCCCACUCGCGCUUUGACGAUUACGACAUGCCCUCCUCCGUGGAAGAGAUGAACAAUGGGGACGGCGGUCACUACGAUGUCGGGACCGGAAAUGGAUUCAAUGCCGCGGCCAAUUUUACCGACGACGAUUUACGCGCAGAUCUCGAGAACCGUGGUCUUCAUCACAAGGAGGCGGAUUCCGACUCGUUGCGCGUCAUCCCGUCCGGCCCGUCUUCCUGUAACACGGUUUACGGAGAUGACAAUACGAGCGACAUUUCUUCCCAGAGCGCCCCCAUGAGCGUCCCGCCCCCACCGAGCAGUGUGGGAGGAGGCAUUUUUGACCAUGGACAGGCCGGAAGUAGUGACAUUAUGAAUAAUUCUCAUCAGCGAAGUUCUUCAAGCUGUUCGGGAGGACCUCCAUCCGUUCAAACGUUCCCACAACCGGGAUCCAAUUCAAACUCGAGCUGUAUGAUGGCCACAACUUCGGGUGGUGGUGGUUCAGGGACGAUGGCGUCGUCACCAUUUCAACCCAGUCCGUCUGGUGUGAUGACGAAUAGCAAUAAUAAUUCCCCACCGAAUCAGGUUGGUCGUGGUCCAGUUUUGGUCAUGCCGACGAAUCCACAACAACAACAACAAGUUCAGUCACCCGUCGGGAGUGGAAGUGGGGGUGGUCACAACGGCGUUGUCGUGAUGCAAGGGCAUGGUCAUGCUCAACAACAGAAUAAUAAUAUGUAUCAGCAACAACAAAAUAGUUCUCAUUAUUCGCAACACGCUCAGCAACAACAACAACGCCUCCACGCGUCACAGCCUAGUCCAAGUCCUCAGCACCAUCAAGAGAUGCAUAACAUGGGUUAUUCCUCGUCAUCCAUGAACGGACAGGCGGCGUCAGGUCAUUAUGGUCACGUCCACUCGAACCAAUCUUGUCCUCCCGGAAGCGUGGAGAACUUGGAGUCGCCGCACUCCAUCCAGUCCUCUCAUUCCAUGGACAACGGUCCACACGGGGGUCCUGGCUCUGUCGACAAUUCCGCCUUCCACCACCAGCAGCAACAAGUCCAGUCACAGCAACAUCACUACGACAGCAGCUGCAAAUAUGUUCCGCCACAUUCGCCAAUGACGCCCGGGUCGGUGGGGAUGAAUCCUCCAACCCCUCAGCAGCAAGGUCACCCCGCGUAUUUGAAGUCUGCUCCACCCACGCCCGGUCACCCACAACACCCUUCGCCCCCAAUGCAACCUCACCAUCACCAAUCUCCACCAACACCACAACCUCCUCCACCUCAGUACCACCACCAGCAUCACACUCAGCAGUUGUCACCUCCGAGCCGAUCGCCACUCAACUAUGCCGGACGGCAACAAAUGUCCCCUGGAAUGCAGCAACCCAUGUCACCCGCGAUGCAACAACAAAUGAUGGCGUACCAGCAGCAGCAGCAGCAAGGAAUGGUCAUGGCGGGAGGAGGAGGAAGGGCGACGAGCAAUGGUGGACGAUCAGCGACGUCGACACCCGUUCCGCCCCCACAGCAGCAUCACCCACAACCACCACCACAAGGUCACGGAAUGCACCCGCACCAGCAACAAUCCGUGAUCCAGCAAAGGGUUGGAGCGAUGACGCCAAACCCGGCGGCAAUGUCACCCAUUCCGCCUCCACCGCAACAACAACAACAAAUGCAAAACAAUCAUGGUCAAGGCAUGGCUUCAUCGAGAUCGCACUCUCACCAGAGUCAUCAAGGUCUCGAUCCACGCAGCAUGUACAACAACCUCGGUCCAGCCGCCGCCUACGCUGCCAUGUACCAACAGCAACAACAACAUCAAGCCAUCCAUCAUCAACAACAUCACCCCAGUCCGACGCCGCCACCAAUGUCGUCGUCAUCAUCACAUCACUCCUCUUCUUCGUCGAGACAGCGGUCGGCCUCCGUCGUGCCGCAAGUUCCUCCUCCUCAAUUACCACAACAACAACAUCACAGAAGUGGCGCUUCGUCAAACGGUCAUAGUCAAAAUCCUCCUGCGCCAUCCUGUUCCUUGGCGAAAUUGCAACAACUCGCUCACGGGAUGGGCGGAGGAGCGAUGUCAAGUUCCACGCCAUGCAACAUGUCGAUGGAACAGCAGCAGCAGCAACAACAACGCUGCCAAUCCAUCCCGGCCCAAGUCAACCUGAACAAUCAUCACGAAUACAACACAGGCCAAAGGUCAUCAGGUCACAGUCACUCUUCCACCGCUGCGGCUGCAGUUCAUCAAGCUCAGUAUGAUAAAUUCUAUGCUUCCGCUGCCGCCGUGGCGCAACAACCAUCGCAACAACGACAUCAGAAUCACAACAAUAGUCAGGCCGCAGCCAUGCAGCAGCAGCAUCAUCGACAACCAGCGGCACGGUCGUCGUCCUCUUCUUCCACCCCUGCUACUCCAGCGCCGCAACCACCCGCGACAAAGUCGUCGUCGAAGAAAUCGGCUGUGGCGGCUGCUCCCACCGCGCCACCCGUCGCCCCCCCACCAGCACCACACAACCUGUACCAGCAGUAUCAACAGCAGAUCCAACACCAAGCCCAGGUGGCUGCUUAUUACCACCACUACCACUAUCCUGGCGCACAACAGUCCCCCAUUUCCGGUGUCAACUCUGCCCCCACUUCCGGUGGAGGACAGCAUCCUCACGCGCAUGCGCAACCACCUCCCUCCAUGACCAACGGUGGGGGGCAGUAUGGACAAGACCCGAGACAAACGGCGGCCGCCGCGGCUGCCGCGAUGUAUCCCUACGGACCUUACUCUGGCUUCAUGCCACAACUCAAUCCGAGCAUGAGACGCUGAUAAGUCGUCCCUUAUCGAGCAGAUGACUCCCAUUUAUUUCUAUGAAUGAAUUAGACUCUAUGAUUUUUCUACGUUUUUGUUACAUUUUGCAACUAAUUAUUCCAUUAGUUUUUGUAUUGAUAUUAUUUUUUAGGGACGAUACAAUUAUUGUCAAGUUGUUAAAUGAGAAUUCUGUGAUGAAAUUUACGAGAUUGAUGUUUGCAGUUAGCAUUUUUGAGCUGCUUUAGAAAAGAAAACCCAGCUUUUUGACAAAUAGAGCUGCUAAUUAAUUAAUUACUUAAAUGGGAUAGUAUUUAUUUAUUUAUUUGUGUAUAAGUAAUUGACUAACUAAAAUAAGAAUAACCUGGUGGGUAGUAGAUCUUUAAGGAAAAUGGCAAAUAAGUAAAAAUGAAAUAUGCAAAUUAUUAAAUUUAACAACGAAAACAGAGCAAGUAAUAAAAGCCAAGCGUGUCAUUAAAUAAAUAAGUCGUCGUCGGUACCGGCUAAGAAAUCGCGACGAUGUCGAAAUAUGCAAAUUGAUGGACUUAUUGUAACAUUAAAACUAAUUAAUUUGAGCAGAUUUAUAAAAGUAUUUCUUGUUAAUAAUUGAUAUUGGAAAUAUGUAAGUACAUAUUUACAUAAGAAGUAGACGAUGAAAGAAUUUAAUGCCUCUCUGAAAAUGAAAAAUAUGCAAACGUAUUAAUGUUAAUACAUAAAUAAAUACACAAAGUUAUGCACAUCGAAUCACCAA